AUGACUCCGCAGCAACCCUCGUUCCAAUGCCAUUUUCCCGGGUGUGGCCUUGGCUAUCGACGCAAGGAACAUCUUACACGACAUGCCAAAAGCCACUUCCAAUCACAGUCUUAUGAAUGCCCUUUUUGUGAUCGCGCUUUUGCUAGGAAUGACACGCUGCGUCAGCAUGUCCGUACACUCCAUAGAAAUAAGGAGUUACAAUCAUCCCGGGCAGUCCAAGCCUGCAACUACUGUCGCUCGCGAAGGUCAAGAUGCAACGGACAGACACCCUGUGAUACCUGUUUCCAGCGAGGAAUUCAAUGCUCCUACACCCAAAAUUCACGACGUGAAUUGAAACAAACAAAGAGUCCUGAUGGCCACAUGAGCUCAGUAGCAUCUGUAGAGCCUGGUUAUCCCUACUCUCCUGCGGCAGAAUCAAGUUCUGUUCAGCGUGCGGAAACGAUUGAAAAAUACCCAAGUAGAAUUGUACCAUACGUACCAUACGUCGAGGCUUAUUUCAAGAAUUUCCACCCAAAAUGGCCUUUUUUACACCCUGCUACAUUCGAUCCUGAUCAUGAGCCAGCUUUUCUUCUGCAAUCAGUGAUUAUGAUGGGACUUUGGGCGACCGGGGAAAGCAAUGCGCAACAGACUGCAAAAGACCUGCAUCACAAACUCACCUCUUCAAUCUAUGAACAAAGAGAGAAAUGGGAUAUGUCAAAUCACUAUACCGAGUCACAAUUGCAACAAGAUGAAACGCCCUCGUCCAAGCCCAGUCCCUGGCCAAUGGCAACAUAUCAAGGAAUAUUGUUGCAUCUCAUUUUUUCUCUUCUUCUCUAUCAUGACCAUUUAGAUCUGCAAUUAAGGCACGCUCUGCCUGAAAUACCCUCUCAGCUUCUCGUCGCUCUUGUGCGCACCUGUCUAAAGCGGAAAAUGUUCUUCUAUCCCUCGAUAUUAACUCAAUUCAAGCCUGGAGUUGAUCCCGACGUAUUUAUAUGGCUCGGUAUCGAAGAGGUCAAACGAUUUUGUUUAUCGUUGUACAGAGUGUGCCGGCAGUCGCGAGUACACGACCCCAAGCGUCUAGAAGACGCGCCCAGUUUCAGCCCUGGGAAAAGUCUUCUGUCUCUGACAGAUUUGCAAUUUGCAUUGCCAGAUAAAGGUGAGCUCUGGCAUGCCACUUCGGACUUGGCUGCGCGACUCGCGGAAAACCCAGCCGCGUAUAGCAAUGAGAACAUUGAAGAGAACUGGAUUUCUCAAACUGCGCCGCUUUUGCAGCCUUGUGAUGCAAAAUUUCAUUGGAUAUGA